GUCCGAUUAUCAUCACCUCAAACGUUCGUCCAUGCCCUUCCCUCCUCUUUCUGACUGCCCCUAAUAAUCUUCACCCACAUGAAUCCUGUCCUCCGCCCGGUCGAUGAGAGUCGAUUGGCCUAUCCAUGACGCAUGUUGUUGUUGUUGUUGCUGUAGUACAAUAUACAGUUGCUUAUGACGUAUAUACACUCGCCAUAGCUAUCCUGAUCCAUACCCCAUGGACCAUACGACUCAGCGUGAGUUCGAGGGUGACUACCACUCAUCCCGGACGCCUCCCGGAGUCAGCGAUGAGGACUGGAACCAGGCGCGUGAGGAUCUGGCAGAUCUCGGCUUAGGAGACGCCGACGACCUGCGUGCAGAACCGCUCGACUCCAAUUAUCACCACCAUCUCGGCUCAUCAGAACCCCCGACGGGCCUCCACUAUGGCCACUCACCCCCAGGGCUCGAUGACUAUUCAACCCACGAAGAGGAUAGCUACUUGUCGGACUUGAGGGGAGCGGGGUCUCCUGCUCAUCUCCAUCAGACGGAUGAGUUUUCUGCAAACCCUCAUCACUCCUUGGACUCGCCCUCAGGCCUCAACAGCCCCGGUCGGCACGCCUUCGAUCAUCGCCCUCUCUACAGCCCUGGUCGAUCGGACUAUGGUCCCGAGCUUGCCGGCGCCGAUCUCAACACGGACCAUCGGGACUUUGAUUUGGACGCGCUGAACUACCAUAAUGACGGCCAUCACAAUCCUGCAAGCUACAGCAAUCAUCUGGCGAGCGAGGAUGAUGAUCCGAUGCUCUCCCAUCACCGGCAUCAACGAGCCGAUGAAUUUGACUCAGACCUUCAUGGCCCGAGGCAUCAUGAUCCCUUAAGCCCAAACUCUCACGAUAGUGAUUUGUUAUACCAAGACAACACUCAAUUGCCGUGGAGCCGUCGGGCAAGCGACGUGAGGUUUGAGGAGGGCCAUCCGCCAACCAUGACGGACACGGACUCACUCGACCCGUUGACCUCCAGUUCUGACUACACCGACUUCCCCUAUGAUGACGAUCAACGGCACCACCACCAUCCUCAUCAUCAUCAUUAUCCCCACCCCCAUCAUCCUCCCGUGUCUCCCAAUGGUCAUUAUCGAUCACACCCCCAAAGCGGGUUUCCUAACGCUUUUGCGUCCCCCGAGCUCCAGCGCGCUCACGGACUUGGUGAGGACUAUCACGACCCCAAUUUCGCCGAGUUCUCUCAACGCUCUCCGAGUGAUUUCCUCAACCGAAAGUCCCGCCUGUCUCCCUCCACAGCCAAUCCUGGGUUUUCACCCGCCAACAGGGCUGAUCGGUUUGACGACCUCGGCAGCCCUUCUCGCCUGCAUCCCCGUCCAUCUUAUUCCUCACAUCAGCACCAAUCUCCCCUCUACGACCAAUACCAGGGCGCAGAUCCUCACGGUAGUUAUAGGGAUGAUCACUUGCAUCAAGAUUUAAACUACCACCUACCCGAUCACGAACGCUCACUGGGCCAUUUACCCACCAACGACCAAAGACAUGUUUCGCCGCGGGAGGACAUUGAACGGAUGAGAGCCCAGCUGAAUGAGUCACUGGCUCGGGAUCCAGGAUUGUCUCUCUCUGGCCGGCGAUCGCCCCAUUCUAGGUCCUUCGGGCCGUCCCCCAUGGUCUCAACGAUCAACCAAACCGGCCUGCGUCCAACCUUGGAUUCUCCGUUGUCUCGAUCGGGCUUGCCCUACCCCAUCACCUCGAUGGAAGAAACCGCCCGUCGCACUACGUUAGAGCGGCCUCGAUCUCGCUCUGGUCUGCCCUACCCUGCAACGGGCUCUGGUCGUCGGUCCCCAUAUUCGGCGGAUCUGCGAUCCCCUCAUUUGGGGCUGUCCAGCAGGAUCCCGGUGGUCGCAGGUUUCAGCCCUGGUCAUCAGUCCACCAGCGCCUUGCUCCAUCAUCAGGAUCCUCUGAGAGACCAAUUGCAUCAAAUCAGUGACCUUAACAGGCACAUCCGGGAUUCCGAACUCGCGCACCAGCGUGAACGAGCGCUUAUCGAUCAAGCGGCCGCCGAUCUUGCGCGACAAUCGCUCAACGACCAGCGCCGUCGGUCCGAGGCAGUCCAUGAACGGGAGCUUGCACUUGCCGACCAACAAGUCUCGCGCCUUGCCCAGCACUCGCUUGCCAAGGAUCUCCGGCGGAACGAGGUUGCCCAUCAACGUGACUUGGUGUUAGCUAACCAGCGAGCCUCUCAACUCGGACAACAAGCGAUGAUCCAGGCCAGUCGCGAGAACGAUAUCUACCGGGACCUUGAAAACCAACGCCGACAACUAGACCUCGAGCGGGCCGAGAUUGCGCGCCAGAGAGACCGUGUGGACACGCAGACUCAACUCGGGAUGAUUGACAGCCAGCUUCGGGCCAUCGACCGCCAGCGCGAAAUCGAUAGCAACAGACAAAUGGCCAACCUCAGUCGGUUUGGAAACUUGCCCUCAGUGCUCCGCGGGAACUACAAUGGCCGCCCUCUCGCGUCUCCCUAUCUCCAACAAUCUCGCUUCCUCUCUGCGGCCCGACGAUGGUCUGCCAGAGACAAAUCUCACCAGCCCGUCGUCUUUGAUCAUGUGGAUGCAUACUACCGGUUGAUCUCAGACCAUCUGCCUAGACAACUCCCCCUGUUCAAAGAUCCCUACUAUAAUCACGACUCUUAUCUUCUCAAUAGCGCGUCGAGAAACCCAUUACGGCCACUCUCCUCCGCCCCUCUUGUGGGCCGGAAUUUGGGAAUGAGCGAUCCGUUUGUCGAUGGAAUCGACUACGAUUAUGGGUAUGGGAAGGUUGGCACCUUGGGUCUGAAGCUGGAUCAAUUUGCGCGCGAGCAGGCUUACAUUCUAGAUGACCUUUAUCUCUACGAGCUUUUGUUGAGACUGGACGACAGCAUCGAUGAGCUUGAGCGACAGCGUCGAUGGCAGGCACGACUGCGAUGGGAGGAGUGGGCUGAUACACGAGCCAGGGUGCAAGCAUGGAGUCGGAUGUCGGGCGAUGAACGGCGUCGACUGGGGCUGAGCGAGGGCUCAUAUUGGGCCUCGAAUCUGUUUGGGAUCCCGUUGGAUGGCCGAUUCGGCUACCAAAACAUCUCGAAUCUAUCCAGAUACCGGCCCACGGAUCUUCGCUCCCAUUAUGCCCUCAGCUCCCGCUUGGCCUCCAGAUAUCCUAUGUGGAAUCGCGGCGGACUCGGAUUGGGAAGACGUCUCUCUAAUUGGCUCGAUUACGCUCGUCGGCCUCCUAUCAAAUCUAAGUAUCUCGACCGUCAAGAAGAAAUCAGACGCGAGUAUGCCCAGCGGAGAGGUGAAAUCCCCCCCGGAUCCGCUCUCAGACCACCUGGUCUGAUGCUUUCUGGAGGCUAUCCUCGUGGUCCAUUGACUGCAGGAUUAGGAUCCAGCAGGACGCUUGGUCAGCAUCUACCUCCUCUGCAAAGAACGCCCUCAUUGAGCAGCGGUUUGUUGUCGAGAGGAGUAGCCUCUCGAUCAGUUCCAAGUGGUUUGACUGGGCCUUCUGAUCUUAGUAGCAGCCGUUCCAAGCCGUCCGGAUCGACGGCACUGAAGGUCCCACCGGGGCCAUCCUCGUCGACUCAGCUACGCUCCCCACACACUCCCGCCUCUAGCGUCGCCUCGGUCGCGGCCACGAAGAGCAAGAUUCCGGGGCCGGUCCAUCCGCAAAGUCUGUCGACGAAGAUGGGCUCGGGACCCGGCAGUUCCAGCCGGCCAGCGGUCGUAGCCACCAAGCCCAUCCCGAUCAAGCCCGCGCACACCACCACCACAUCGAGCUCGUUGCGGCCGCCCGGAGCGGCCCUCCCGACGGGCUCGCGGACCACCGGGACUCACGAGCGACCCACGACCCCUUCCCGGGCCGCGGCGAGUCCCGGGCCCAUGGUCGUCUUCAACCCGCGCGUCAAGGCCGUCCCGCCCGAGUCGGAAUUCGACCCGCCCCUGCCGCCCCGGCCGCCCUCCAGAAACGCCAUCCCCCCGCCCCGCUCCGCACUCAAAACUCCCCCGCCGCCCUCUGACGCCCCCAAUCCGCCCCCGCAUCAUCAGCUUAAUGAUGAGCGCUUGGAAUCAAUCACCAAGAUUAAUACCGAACGUAAUCGCGCGACGCCGGCCCCUCCCGCUACUCCUCCCUCCGGUAAAACUCCGAGAGGCUCUCACUAA